CAGAGCUAUUCAUUCCCCGUUGACGAGCCCAACGAGCGUUGAGCGCUCCUCAUCUCGAGGAAAAAGUACUGUGUCGUUGGUAGCUUACAGGGUUUACAGAGACGGCGGCGUGCUGCUCAAACCGAUCGAGAUGGGAAGAACACUCCAUCCAAGAGAUGUCAGUCAGUUCGUCCCGAAACGAGGAUUCAGCGACGAAAUCACAUCCUGGCCCAAAGUUUGUUGGUGUUGAGAGACUUCUCCACUCAAAGUGUGGUGAAUCAUGUGAUUUUUACCAUUGCAUCCACAUAUUACAGAUUCUCAAUUCAUGUGUUAAGUGGGCUUUGUACCCGGAGUGUGUGAGUGCGUUUCAGAUCUUGGACCCGUUUACAUUCAUGACCGCGCUGUAGUCUUCCAUUCUUCCGGAGCAAUCUGAGACCACCUCCCACGAAAAAAUCCUAAGAAGGAUGAUCCUAAAUUGGGGGAUGGAAUGAUGGCGGUUGCAUGUUUGUCCGAUUGCCCUCUCCAAUGAGCAAUCCCCCGCCACUCAUUUCCCAGUCAAUCCUACAUUUCGGCUGAAGCCAGAAGAACUCCCCGUCAAAAUGUCCACGACAUCAGGGCGUAAAUCCGUGUCAGAGAAAUCCACCAAAGCAGAUAAGAGGCUUCCAAGUUCGAGUCCGACGAGGCCAGUUUUGGACUUGCUGGAUAACCAAUUGGAGCAGUUAGCCGACGAGUUGCACCGUCGUCGUCAAGGUCCCAGUCCAGGAAUGAGAUCUUCGUCCGGAGACGAAGAGAUCCUCUCGAAAGUUCCACUCGGUCCAUCUCCGGCCCGAGGAAUGACGUCCCAAUCGCGUCUCGCCAAUGGAUCAUCAGGCGAAAUCGGAACUGGAAAUUCAACAUCCGCUCAACGGAGGCCCACCCAGACCCCGAUCAGCAUCGAAGAUCAGGAUCCCACCCAAAUGCUGAACACCUGGCUGGGAGAACUCGAUCUCCUUCAGAGGGGUUUGCAAGAAACACCAAGUGGGUUUGCCAGCCAUCAGAACCAUCGCAACCACCCCAAUGGUGGAGGAACCAGUGGCAGCAUUAUCAGCAGCUCAGGCAUUAGUAUGACACCUUCUCCCUUGUCGUCAAAUUCUACAUUUGGGAGCAACGCGGCAAUUCUCUCCAAGGGGAGCAAUAAUAACUGCAACAACAACAACAACAACAGCGGCAACAAUAACCCUUCCUCGCGAGAAUCCUCAGCCACGCCCAUUCACAUGCGCAGAAUGUCUACGCCCCGGGUGGAAUCGCCGAGAUUGGAUUCAUAUCGCUACUCGCUGAUCAACUUGGAAGAGACGUUAGACAAUGACCUCGAUGCCAUCUUGGGCGAACUUUGUGCCCUGGAGAGCAAUUUGAACCAAAAACCAGCGAGGAAAAGUACCAACUCGUCGCUUAUCCCUGACGUCCAUGAGGAGGAUCGGGAUGAUCCCACGGACUUGCCCCCUCCUCCAGCUCCACUCCAGUUGGAGGAGCUCUUGGCCUCAGAACCUCAGUAUAUCACUGCCGAAAGUGUGAGACAGAACAAGUUAUUGGCCAAACGCACGGACAGUCCGGAUAAUGACUCGGCGUUCUGCGAAAAUGCCUCGAGUGACUCGAGUAACACAAGUGAUAACACCACCAAUGCCAAGAGCUCGUCCAUCCUCAUCCAGAGUGCCAUUGGAAACAACAACAGCACUAACCCGCUUUACUCUAGUCGUAAACCUUCAGUUGGUCAAGAAACGCGAUCGUGUUUGUCCUCGGCUGGUGGUGCUUCUGCCCACCACAGGGUUUCGUCGUCGGCGACGGUUCAUCCGUCCAUAAACGAGCAAACGUGUCUGAAUGCCGCGACCCAAGCCAAAGCCGAGAAGAUCCGAUUGGCAUUGGAGAAGAUCAAAGAGGCGUCCAUUAAGAAGAUCUUCAUCAAGGUCUUUGGCGAGGAUGGUUCCACCAAAUCCUUACUUGUGGAUGAGCGCAUGUCUGUCUCACAAGUAUGCGGGAUGCUGGCCGAGAAGAACUAUGUGAAACGCGACACGUCUUGGGCUUUGGUUGAACUUUUGCCCGACCUUCACAUGGAACGAGCCUACGAGGAUCACGAGUGCCUAGUGGAGAACCUGCUCAUGUGGAAGGCAGACUCUAAAAACACUCUUUGGUUCAUUAAGCGACCGGAGGUGUACGAUUUAUUCAAUAGACCCGAGCUGUACCUUCUGGGUGACACGAGUUCACAAAUUGGCACCAAAAUGGAGGAACGCGCCAGAUCGGAACUCAUUGAGGAAUACUUUUCCAGCACGGGUGUGGGUGCGCCAGAGGUGGAGGGAUAUCUUUGGCUCAAGGCGGAGGGGAAGAAGACGUGGAAAAAGUUCUACUUUGUCCUCCGAACUUCGGGACUGUAUUAUGCGCCAAAGGGGAAGAAGACCUCCAAAGACUUGGUUUGUUUGGCUCGCCUCGAUAUGAAUCAGGUCUACUUUGGAGUCAAGUGGCAGCCCAAGUUCAAAUCGCCCUCCAAGCACUGCCUGGCCAUCAAACAUCCCCAGAUCCAAGCCAAGAACCCCAAGUACAUACGCUACUUGUGUGCCGACACCGAAAUCGAACUCAACAAAUGGGUGACGGGGAUCCGGUUGGCCAAAUACGGAAAGACCAUCUACGCCAACUAUCGAGGCAUUAUCGAGGAAAUGACCCACGAGGAUCUGGACCGCUUGGCCUCGGCGAGAAAUUCACUCAACACGUCGACCUCGCCACCUGGUGACGAUCUAGUUGACGAGGCCAUAAAGAAAGGUCCCCGUUCACAUCUCAGCCAUCUCUCGAGCCAUCCAUCCAGUUUGUUAUCUCAUUCCUCGGAUCCCCGGGGAGUUCUGUCGAGUCCGCCGCCGGUCACCACAGUGAUUGUUCACAGUAGUCAUAAUGGGGGUGUCCAAUGUCGGUCCAGUCGAUCUAGUUCGGCAAGUUUGAGCGACAGAUCCAUCGGCUGUGGAAGUGUGGGAAACGGCGGUGUGGGCGGGGGUCCUGGUGAGCUAGGCUUCAGCUGCGAUUCCCCUGAGGGUGGAACCAUUAAGAAGAAGCCCAUCGCGAAAAGUUCAUUGCUCUCUUUCAAAGCUGAAUCCGAAAGAGAAACUAAUGGCGAAUGAAUGACGGCCACCACCAACACCACUCCCACGGCCCCUACCCCAGCGAAAGAAGUCAAGGAGGUUCGCUUCAAAGACCACUUCUCGGUGCUACCCUUGGAUUCGUCGACCCCUUAUGCUACCAUAAGGCGAGAGAAGACUCCUCAAAAGCAAUUCAGACAUGGCGAGACAGCCGUGUUCCAAAACAUUGAAGACACUUUAGCCAAUCAUAAACACAUCUUGGAGCAGAGUCACAUACAUCGGGGAGACUCGGGCGUUCUCAAACGACGAUACUCAAACGAGAGUAUUAAUUCCAUCCCAGCCUCAACCAUGCUACACUCGGGGGUCAUCAUUUCGGAUCGUCAAGAGGAUCUCACCGAGAACCAACUUAGCUCUGGUCAAUUAAGUCCACAACCCGAACGACCAGCUCCCAUUUUGAAACCGCUCGUGAGUCGAAAACCAAUCGUGGAUAAAAGCAUUUUAAAGAAGAAGCAAAUUUCCCUGGAUCAAUCCCGGGAGAAUUCCCUCGAGCGCAAACCGACUUAUGAAGAUACGCUAAAGAAAUGUCAGUCCCUCACCCGAAACCAUUCCUCACCAGGGUCCAUGAAUGGUGGGAGUGGAGGAGGGGGAGCGCACCAGAUUCCUGUCUCGAGGCAUAAAUCUUGCCCAGAAACAGGAGGCACGACAGCCCCAAAGCCUUGCCCAUCCUCUUCAUCACCCGCUACCCCAUCUGUGGCUCCCUCGUCCUCCCCUCCAGUCCCACCCAAGCCCAGCUUGGCCUAUCGCGCCAUGGCCAGUUCGAAAUUAGAUAAUUCCAAGAAAAUAUCCCACCUUCCACCCACAGGAUUAGGGCACAAUCGAGGACUCGCAAUGCGAUCCCCCACGGUCCUUCGGCAGAAUUCCAAUAAUUCCAAUGGACAGGGAGAACUGAACGGGGACGUUAAAGAGAACCUAGAGGAAACGCGGCCUUUUCCCAAUCGACUUAGCUCGGGCGAGUACGACAAUGUGAAUCGAGUGUCGUCGGGGCCUGAUAAGGCCCCCAAGAGCCAAGGGCCGGACAUUCAUGAAAUGUCCACGAAGUCGAAGAAGUCACCCGCCCCGCCUUUGCCAAAGCGAAACGAAGAGACCCAUCUCUCUUGGAACCGAUCCUAAGAAAAAGGGCAACGCAGACACACACCAUGAAAAUUAGCAUGAAGAUCUAAUUGGACUCGUUUUUCUGAAAUAUAAAUUUGAAUGGUC